CAUAAACCUCUCAUAAACCCUUUCUUCACCGAGAAGAAAAAACGAACUAAAAGCCUUCUUUGAGAAUGGGUGGUGCUUCAUCGCAACUGGGGGAUGGACUAUCAAAGGAGAACACUUCAACAGCCACAUCUUCGUCACAACUUCCAAAAGAUGAAAAGUCAGCUCCCGCUACACUCCCUGCUGAUUCAAAGCCAAAGAAGAAGAUUUGCUGUGCUUGUCCAGAGACUAAGAAGGUGAGAGAUGAAUGCAUUGUGGAACACGGUGAAUCAGCUUGUGAGAAAUGGAUCGAAGCUCAUCUUAAAUGCCUUCGAGCUGAAGGCUUCAACGUCUGAAACUGGUUACAGAACUAAUUCUCUAAAA